AAGACUGUGUCGCUUCUUCUUCUCUUCUUACCAUGGUCUACUAUCACAAGAGUUUUCGCACAGUCUUCGAUAUGUCUUCUUGUGCCGAGUCGUUCUUCCCUUCGUGAUAUCACAACAUCAUCUCAAUUCAACUUUCAGAUACAUCAACAUGUCGAGCGCAGGGAAAGCUGCAGACGCAGCUAGAACUUCCCUCCAACGAGCCAACACAUCCAGUCAAAGUCUGGCAUCGAUAUCAUCUUCACUAAUUCCCCUCGCUGGGCCACAAGACUCCUCCUCAAGCAAUCUACCACCACAUACAACCUCUUCAAACCCAACUACCUCAAUUCAAUCUACAAGCCAGCCUCAAAUUCGGCACAAUAACCCUGCCCCUCCACCCGCAGCGAACCCAAGCACCACAACCACCGUACGUACACCAGUUCAAAUUUCUCAACUUCCCCACCGCCAACAACACACAUCCUGGCAACUAGUCGCCGCACGUGUACACCACCGCGACGACGACGUACGCGACUACUGUGCGCCCGGAAGUAACGGCUGGGCAGAAUGGCAAGAACGACGCGUAGCGGACAGUCAGGUCGAGAUUGGCAGGAUAGACUACAGUUGGAAUGGAGGUGAUGUUAUUGACUUUGCGGAGAGGCGGAGGGAGGAUGGGAUGUGAAGGGGAAGAGGAGGGGAAGGCAAAGGUGGAAAAUUGGGGAGAGAUGGAAAUACGUGAGGAAGCUGUCAUGUGGCAGGACAUUUACGGAACGGAGACAGACUCUGAGACAGACUCUGAAACAGUGAAGGAGAAAGUCUGGAAGGGGAAGGAGAGGGCGAUAGAGGAGUCGGAGGAGGAUUCGUUCUAUAAAUGUCUGGAGACGAUGGAGAAGACAAAGGGGCAGGAAAAUGACGUUUUAAAUGAGCGCAAGAGAGAACAGGACGAUGAGAACGAUGAUGACGAAGUGUCACGAUCAAGCUCAGAAAUAUACCCCAAAUGGAUAGGCAGUUGGAAAAUUGUCGUGAUGGCGUCUAGAGCACAGGUUGGCAGUCCUGCGUAUAGAGCGGCCGAGGAACGGCUCUCUGGUACUAGGCUCUCGUAUCAUCGCGAGGGCCAGAUUUAAGAUUUGCAGCCUACACCAUAUUGAGUGAGCAACAAAAUGCGGAUACGGGUGUAUG